CUUCCUCUAUCUUGCUUCAGCGAUCAAGCUUUCUCUCCGUGGCUUUCUGCUUAUUCUCAAUCAGAGUUCAACAAGUCAUCGGCCGGAGCAGAGCUGUUUCCGCGGAAGGAGAAGGUCCGAUUGAACUAAUUCUCCGGUAUGCGAUUGAGAUGAUCAGUCUCGAUCGAUAACAAGGGGAAAAAGCAUCUCUGAAGUAAUCGGAUAAGGCCCCAAUCAAUCAAAGGAGGGCCCCCCAUCGUACCCUAGAAUCGACCUGCAUGAUUAGCUGACUAGCCUCGUUCAUCUGCAGUGUUCCAUAGGAGAAAGGGAGAACAGAGCCUUAGUACAUAAGGACAAGAUGCAGGAAGCACUGCCUGAGAAUGAAGGACAUGAAGAUUCUGUUGUGAAUAAAAAUGAAGAUACCACUGGUGGCAAUCAGAAACCGGGCAAAUAUUUCUACUAUGACGUUCCACAUUCUGAGGAAACUGGGAUUUGGAUACCUGUUUCCGUUCCACCAAUGUCGGGCGGUGGGCACGAAGAAUGGAACCGUGGUACGUCCUUGGAGGGGGGCUUUUUGCCGGAUCAAGAUAUGGGUUGGGACCAGUUCUUUGGAGAGAACAAGGAACUGACUAUGUGGGACGUGGUGUCGGAGAUGCUAGUUGCUGCAAGAGGGAAAGUGAAUGCUAUCGCUUCCGGAAAUAUCCACAGCUAUGGAAUUUCUUGGGUGUCGAGUCAUCUUCUCGAGCAGGCAUGGAAAGAGAUGGCCCAAACUCUAACUGAAGCCAACUUUGGUAACAUAAAGGAAAUUCUCGAGGCAGAGCCCCCAAGGUGGUUACCUGACAGUUCUGCCUCUGCCUGCAUGUUGUGCAACGUCAGGUUUCACCCCAUUAUGUGUUCGAGGCACCACUGUCGUUUCUGUGGGGGGAUAUUCUGCAACUAUUGCUCAAAAGGAAGGAGCCUGCUGCCCCCGAAAUUCCGAAAGAGCAACCCAGAGAGGGUCUGUGAUGUAUGCUGUGUGAGGCUUGAGUCAAUCCAGUCUUACCUGAUGGACCAAGUGAGUCGAGCUGCUCAGUUGCCUACUCGUGAUCUGACAGAUCUCAGUACUUUGAGGUCUUGGCUGAAUUUCCCAUGGGGCCAAUCCAUGGAGUAUGAGAUAUACAAGGCUGCAAACAUUGUAAAGUGUUAUGUGAAGGUUUGCUCUGGAACUCAAGAGAAGUCCAUCCCAGAUUCUAUUCUUAGGAACGCAAAAGGACUUGCAAUCUUCACAGUUGCAAAAGUUGGGGCAAUGGUGACAUACAAUAUUGGAACUGGAAUAGUCAUUGCUCGCAGGCAAGAUGGUUCCUGGUCCCCACCUUCUGCUAUUUCAUCAUUUGGAAUUGGUUGGGGAGCUCAGGUGGGAGGGGAACUGACUGAUUUCAUAAUAGUGUUAAGAAAUACUAGCGCUGUCAGGACAUUUAGUGGAAACGGACACCUCUCACUUGGAGGUGGGCUGAGUGCAGCUGCCGCAAACUUUGGGCGGGCUGCUGAAGCUGGGAUACGUGCCGGGGAUGGAGGUUGUGCUGCCAGCUACACGUAUAGUUGCAGCAAAGGUGCAUUUGUGGGUUGCUCCCUCGAGGGGAGUCUGGUAACAACAAGGGCCAGAGAAAAUGCUAGAUUUUAUGGCAAUUCUUCCAUCACUGCAUUGGACAUUCUUCUUGGGUCGAUGCCUGGACCUCCUGCGGCUUCAAUUCUUUAUCAUGCGCUUUCCUGUCUAUAUGAGAAGGUCGAGAGAUUGUGCUGACACCGAUAAAGUGAUCAUCAAUAAACUACUGAUGAGCUCGGGUGGCUCCAUUGGUAGAUUUCUGUCAUUCUCAUUUUGCUAAAUUGCAACCUCUUUGUUGACUAUCCUCUCAAGUCGCCACUAGUGAUUGUACAGCAACCCAAGAACUAUUUAUUUGUAUAUAUGUUGCUGGAGCUGGUAAUUCUGAAUUUGUGAAUAGCACUGAUGUUCGGUCUUCAUUUGCAUAAAAAGGAAUGAUCCCGUUUAAACUGGGGAGGACUUUGCAGCUGUUGUAUGGUGAUUCUUUAACAUUUGAUGACCAGGUUUUGUUA